AUGACUAUAGAGACAGAAUCAACACACUCAAGAUCUCCGCUUAUGCCUACAAUCCCGGAGUUGCAGGAAUACCCCUCCUAUUGGUCAACUGCUCUAAUAACGUCUGUUUUCAUUGCAUGUCUCAGUUCCAUCCAAUAUGGUUACCACAUGUCCGAAUUGAACGCACCAGAGCAUCUCAUCAAGCAGGAUUUGCUGCUAAGUGACUCGCAGAUUGGUCUGAUCACGUCGAUCUUCUCGAUUGGGGGUCUAAUUUCAUCCUCUUUUGCAAGCGAGAUUAGUGUCUCGUAUGGUCUCAGAGUUGGCUUCAUAACCACCUCGAUAUUCUACAUUUUGGGGUCCUUUAUUGAGGCAGCCGCUUACAGCUACACGACAAUGCUUGCAGGGCGUUUUUUCUCGGGCGUUGGUGGCGGAUUUGCAAUAGUUUUCGUCCCACUAUAUGCAAAUGAGGUCUCUCCAGUGGCUAUAAGGGGACUUUUAGGCAGCAUGACACAGGUCAGCGUCAACAUCGGAAUUCUAGCAACACAGCUUCUUGCUCUCCGCUGGUCGGACGAGCAGAAUUGGAGGUUACUUUUGUGGGUUGGUGUUUUAAACGGACUCCUUGCACUAGUACUCUCUGCAUUUAUGCUUGAAGAAUCACCAAAAUGGCUCUCAAUGACUGCCCACGACAAAGUGGCGGCCCUUGCCGGGUUGUGCCGUUUGCGGGACUGCGAUACAAGGACCUGUGAGCGUGAAAUUGAGUCCUGGGAGAAAGAACGUGUUCAUUCAGAGGAUCGGACUUCUGAAACUGGCAGUAAGCAAAGGAUAAGUUUGGCCACGUACCUCACACAAUCCUCAUACAGAAACUCACGCCUUAUUGCCACGCUCACCAUGAUUGGGCAGCAGUUUGCGGGUAUUAACAGUGUGAUUUUCUACGGGGUGAGGAUUUUAAAGGAUUCCUUUCCCGAGUGGAGUGUAACUCUCAACUGCCUCAUUAGUGUUUUGAACGUCGUGAUAACUUCCGUGGCAUCCACAUUUAUAGAUAAGGCCGGACGGAAGCCAAUGCUACUUUUAUCAUUGUCGCUCAUGACCUUUUCACUAUUAGGACUAAGCUUUGGAAUCUUGCAUGGAGAUUCCACUGCCACUCUUUUGAGUAUUUUCACAUAUGUGGGCUCGUUUGCCAUUGGUUGCGGCCCGAUACCAUUUCUUAUAGUGAGCGAGGUUUCACAGCCAGAAGUCAAGGAUAUUGCUCAAAGCUGGGCCACUGACUGCAAUUGGGUUAGUGUCUUUAUCAUUGGAUCACUAUUUCCUGUGCUUAAUCGGUGGAUAGGCGGUUAUACUUAUCUUAUUUUUGCCGUUGUGUGCAUUUUAUUUGGCGGCUUCACAUUGAACUUUAUUCCUGAAACCAAGGGAAAGGACAAUUACUAUGAAGUUUGGUCUGGAGCUCAGAGAGCGGAUUAG